GGCCUAUCGUGUAUUAGGCAUUGAUUAUUUCGGGGUGUUGCAGCGUUAGUUUCGUAUUUCUAUUGUACCAACAGUGCGGUUUAAAAGUCCAUAGAUGAAAAUUGAAAAUUUUCGAAUGGGCAAGACAUGUUUCUCUGUUUACUUAAAUUCGAUUAUGAAAAACAUCAGUCGUCUCAAGCUAUUCUUAGUAUUUUGUCUAUGUACCCUACUCAUUACUUAUAUUGUUUUAGCUUAUUUUGAUAUCACUGAAAUAGAGACAACUAUAGAAGCGAAGAGCGCUAGUUGUCAGAUACCUCAUCUUAUAUUGUGGCCAAGUGAUAUGAAAGCUAUUAAUUUCACUCCAAAACCUUUGCAUUGCUUACCUAAAGAAAAAGAAUGGAUAACGAUUGAAAACGGAAGAAUAAAAUAUCAAAGUAUAGCUAAAGCGAAUCCUGAUAAGGUAAGCUGUUCGAUCAUAGUUAUAGAUACGAAAGAAGGAGAAGAAAUAAAUUAUCAUAAUUUUAAACGGCUGUACAUAAUACAAAAAAUAUCAAAUGUUUAUGAUGGUAUGGAAAUACCUUUCGACAUGUUCUAUAUCAGCUGUUAUUAUGUCGAUGAGACAACAAAAAAGUCACUAAAAUACAGGGCAAUUCCUCUGGGUAUAAAACGACUUGAAAAUAUUACAAUUAAUCCUCCACCUUCUAUUUAUCCCCAACCCAAAUGGAACAUACUAAUUUGGGUGUUUGACUCAGUUUCCAGACAGUCCUGGCAGAGGUUUUUGCCAAAAACUGUAGAAACGUUCAAGAGGAUUGGUGGUACAUGGCUAAACAGAGUCAAUACUCUCGGACAUGAUUCGAUUAACUCGUUAUUACCAAUUCUAGCUGGCAAAAACGAGGAUGAAGUUCAUCCGGCUAUCAGAGGAUGGUCACAUUCAACUCAUAUGGACGACUAUCCAUGGCUGUGGAAUCAUCUAAAGGCUCUAGACUACAUUUUGCUUUUUAAUGAAUGCAGUACUUUUCAAUGGAAAUAUUUAGGAUUCAAAAAGAAACCUACUCAUCAUUAUGGAAGACCUUGGUUUUUAAUGGCUGAGAAAGAGCAAAUAUAUCAUCCAAAAUUUUGUAUAAAUUCAAAAUCAAGACUAUCCAUGCUUCAUGAUUAUAUUAACGACUUUUGGAAAGCUUACGACGGUUAUCCAAAGUUUGCUCUUACAAAUUAUGAAGAAAUGUCACAUGAUAGUUUUGUUGAUAUUAAACUAGCCGACGAACCGCAAGCUAAAUGGAUAGAAAAGCUAGAAAAUACAGGAGCGUUAGACAAUACUAUUUUUAUAUUGAUGUCCGAUCAUGGAGGAAAACAUGGUGCUCAUAGAAACACAGUUCAAGCAGAUUAUGAAGUAUUAAAUCCAUAUAUAGGAGUUAAGAUGCCAAAAAGUUUUGAAGACUUGUACCCCAAUGCUGUGAAAGCUUUAAGAGAAAAUGUUGAUCAACUCGUUACACCUUACGACAUUCACGCAAUGUUUUCAGAUGUUGUUAAUUAUAUGACUGAAGGAAAAGUUAAAGUUCCAACUCACCCAAAGUCAAUUAGCUUGUUUGAAUCUCAUCCUACAAAUCGUACGUGUGAAAGUGCAAAUAUUAAAUCAUCAUUUUGCUAUUGUAACAAGUUUACAAAGAUAAGUACUGGAUCUGCCAUGGUCAAGAAAAUAGCUCAUAAAAUGGUAGCAAAUAUUACAAAAAGGUUAAAACCCAUUGAGAAUAAGUGUGCUCCGACAACAUUCUCCCAAAUUCGUAAUGCCUCUGCAUUAUUUCAUACACGUUUCUUACAUGGUACAAGUAGUAAAUUCAAAGAAUAUAUUUUUAAAAUAACAAUAGAAGUUAACCCAUCGAAAGGACUUUUUCAGGGAUUUGCUUUAGUAAAAAGAUGGAAAUUUAGUGGACCCACUCAAAUAAAACUCUUUGACUUGAAUAGAAUAAGCACCUAUGGAGAUCAGUCUCACUGCAUUCACAGAUCUCAUCCUUAUUUAGCCCCUUUUUGCUUUUGUAAAACGCAGCUAUGAAGAAUUUGCUUGUUUGAUUAAUUUCUGCUGUAAAUGAUAUAAUUUCUGUCUCUUGUUGAAUAUCACAUCGAUUUUAUAGAAUUACACUGAAAUACACAAGUGUAAUCAACAUGUAAUAGUUAAUAAUACUACCAAGCAAGUAUCCUGCAGCUCCAUCUACUUUGUUUACAAAGAAGAAAUUCAGACGCUGUCUUACUUACUAGCCUUGGUAGAAUAACUAGAUCUUUUUAUUUCCACCUCAUUUAUCAUUGAGAUUACUGAAUAACCUAAUUAUACAGAGUUAUAAAUUUAGAACAAUGCCAAAAAGCAUAUAUUGAAAUUUUUGUUUUUGUUUGGGAAGUUCUUGAAAUUCCUUAUAAAUUUAUUGGAUUAUAAAUAAAAGGAUAUAGUUUUUUUAUAGUACGUGUACC